GAUUCUUCGUUGACGAAAAUAUAAACUCAAAGUUCAAUAGUUACCAAAAAAGUACAUGGAUUGAUAUUCAAGUCAAAAUGAAAAAUCACUUGCUUUGAUUUGAAAGAAGCCAUGGGAGAACGGAUUUGCAGGUGCAGUAAGGUUUCAGCUUUUUUAACUUUUUUGACAACCAUAGCUCUGUUUUCAAGAAAAUUAUCAGCAAUCGAUACAAUAAAAGAAGGGGAAUUGUUAAGCGGCAGCACCGAGAUAUUAGUUUCAUCUCAACAGAACUUUGUAUUGGGAAUCUUCAAUCCCCAAGGCUCCAAAUUUCAGUACUUAGGAAUAUGGUACAAGAACAACCCACAGACAAUCGUAUGGGUAGCAAACAGAGACAACCCACUUGUAAACUCCUCUGCCAAAUUAACAGUCAACGUAGAAGGAAGUAUCAGGCUUCUCAACGAAACAGGUGGAGUUUUAUGGUCUUCCCCGUCUCUAGGAUCCAGGAAACUACUCAUCGUUCAGCUGCUAAACACUGGUAAUCUGGUCGUAACCGAAUCUGGGUCACAGAAUUAUUUGUGGCAGAGUUUUGAUUAUCCAUCUGAUACUCUGUUAACGGGAAUGAAACUGGGUUGGGACUUGAAAUCCGGUCUAAACCGGAAGUUAACGUCUUGGAAAAGCUCAAACGAUCCGUCGUCUGGGGGUUUCACCUACAGCGUUGAAACAGAUGGGCUUCCCCAAUUUGUAAUUCGCGAAGGACCUAUCAUACUUUUUCGAGGUGGCCCUUGGUACGGCAAUAGGUUUAGUGGAAGUGGUCCACUCAGAGAUACCGCUAUUUAUUCCCCGAAGUUCGAUUAUAAUGCUACCGCAGCUUUAUUUUCAUACGAUGCUGCGGAUAAUCUCUUUGUGAGACUUACACUGAACGCGGCUGGGUAUGUUCAACAGUUUUAUUGGGUCGAUGAUGGAAAAUAUUGGAACCCUUUGUAUACAAUGCCGGGAGAUCGAUGCGAUGUUUAUGGACUGUGUGGGGAUUUUGGUGUUUGUACGUUUUCACUCACAGCAGAAUGUGAUUGUAUGGUUGGGUUUGAACCCAAGUCACCUAAUGAUUGGGAAAGGUUUAGAUGGACUGAUGGGUGCGUUAGAAAGGACAAUCGAACCUGUAGAAAUGGAGAGGGGUUUAAAAGAAUCAGUAGUGUGAAAUUGCCAGAUUCCUCAGGGUAUUUGGUGAAUGUUAAUACAAGCAUUGAUGAUUGUGAGGCGUCGUGUUUAAACAACUGCUCUUGCUUGGCUUAUGGAAUAAUGGAGCUUCCAACAGGCGGCUAUGGCUGUGUUACUUGGUUUCAUAAACUGGUGGAUGUUAAAUUCGUUCUUGAAAAUGGACAGGAUCUCUAUAUAAGAGUGGCAGCUUCAGAACUAGACACGACCAAGAAGAAGCUUUUGGUUGCAAUUUGUGUGUCUUUGGCUUCAUUUCUAGGCUUGUUGGCUUUUGUCAUUUGCUUUAUCCUUGGGCGUCGAAGGAGAGUUAGAGAUAAUAUGGUCUCUCCUGAUAACUCUGAAGGUCAUAUUCAAUCUCAAGAAAACGAAGUGGAGCCAAUCUUUGAUUUUACCACAAUCGAGAUAGCAACGAAUGGUUUCUCUUUUUCGAAUAAGAUAGGGGAAGGUGGUUUUGGUCCUGUAUACAAGGGAAAGCUUUCUUGUGGACAAGAGAUUGCAGUAAAGAGACUUGCAGAGGGCUCUGGCCAAGGCCAAAGUGAGUUCAAAAAUGAGGUUUUGUUGAUUUCACAACUUCAGCAUCGAAAUCUUGUAAAGCUUCUUGGUUUCUGCAUUCACCAAGAAGAAACAUUGCUGGUCUAUGAGUAUAUGCAAAAUAAAAGUCUAGACUACUUCCUCUUCGAUAAUCAGAGGCGAUGUUUACUCAAUUGGCAAAAGAGAUUGGAUAUCAUUAUUGGGAUAGCUCGAGGACUUCUUUAUCUUCAUAGAGAUUCAAGGCUUAGAAUAAUACACAGAGAUCUCAAAGUAAGUAAUAUAUUACUUGACAAUGAAAUGACUCCAAAAAUUUCAGACUUUGGUAUGGCACGCAUGUUUGGGGAAGGUCAAACUGUGACACAAACCAAAAGAGUUGUUGGGACCUAUGGUUAUAUGUCUCCAGAAUAUGCACUCGACGGAUGUUUUUCAUUGAAGUCAGAUGUAUUUAGCUUUGGAGUAAUUCUAUUGGAAAUAGUUAGUGGUAAAAAGAACAGAGGCUUCUUCCAUACAGAUCAUCAACUAAAUCUUCUUGGACAUGCUUGGAAGCUUUGGGAUGAACAAAAUGCUCUGGAGUUAAUGGAUGCAUCAUUGGAGGAUGAAUUCCAACCUUCUGAAGCCUUGCAAUGCAUUCAAGUAGGGCUUUUGUGUGUUCAACAGAAUCCUGAUGAAAGACCGACUAUGUGGUCAGUACUUUCGAUGUUGGAGGGUGAGAACGUGCUCCUAUCUCAUCCUAAACAACCUGGAUUUUACAUGGAAAGAAUGUUCUCUAAGCACGAUAAAUUAUCGGCCGAAACCUCAACUUCGAACGAAGUGACAGUUACAUCGAUCCGUGGUCGUUAGUAAAUAUUAACAGUUAAUAAGAUCACUUUGUGAAGAGUACUUUUCCCUUUCAAUACAUUGUCCCAAAUGGACACAUUCUGGACGAUUCAAGAUGUGUGUACAACUUGGAUUUUUUCAUAAGAGGCCAAGAAGUGGCUUCUCUUAUUGUCAAAUCAUCAUUCUAUAUCAAUGAAAAGGAUUCAAUUCUCAAAUUGUUUUGAA